GGGGAGAAAGCCCUUUUCUUGGUUUUGCAAAUACACCGCAGAGGUUCUGAGGCCAAAAUAUAAGGACUCAGGAAAGCAAACCAAGUUAUAUUAUUUUUCCUUAAAUGGUCAAUAUCACUCUUUCCCUAACAAGAAAAGGGAAAGGUGGUUGGCAGAAUACAAGUUUCUCUGGUAGUAAGUAGCUGGAGCAGUUGAAUUUCAAAGGCCAGGCAUCCUGUUGUGGCAGAACUCAGGAGGAAAGUCAGCCUUGAAGUGAGUAGUUUUAUGGUUUAACAUCCGAUGGACAACUUGAGAAACUCUGGGCAGAGGAAUGAAGUCAUGAGACUUUGCUAGUGUCCCUGUGUCCCCCACCCCUGCGGGCUUCGUUUAAGCCACAGCAACACGGAAGCAUGGCGUAAGUUUGUGUUUGCUUGUCCUUUUUUGGGAAAUGGUGUCAGUGUGUAAGACUGGGUGAUUUAUGUGUUUCUGGGGGCCUGUGGAGGACAAACCAAAGGAUAUUUUAAAGCUAGGACAGAAUUGAUCCCAAGUAAUUUGACUUCAAUUGAGCACUCAAGGUUUAAGGAUUUUUCCAGUCUGAGUUCCUUGCUUAAAUGCUGCUUCCUACUGCUUUGUCUUAAACGUGGGGAAAACCAUGCUCGUUACACUGUGGCCGAGGACCUUAAGAGUCUGCACUUAGGAAUAGCUCUUUCUCUUUUGUCAUCAUUGUAGCUGCAGUCUUCCAGGCGCCUCAAAUAAAUGAAUUAUCCAUUCCUUACUUUCCUAAAGAAAAUGCAUAGGAAAGACAUGACUCGGACAUAGGAGGGAGAGGGGAACGCAUGCUUAAAACAUCUUCCAUUCUGAGGAUCUGAGAUCAGAAGAUGAUUUGAUUGAAAACAGUAGACUUAUGACGUCACCAAGACAAUCAAGUUAUUGCCAACUUGUCUUGUUUGUCUGUAAGAGUUUUGCAAAAAUAAUCUCCCCCCUACACACGCAGACGUACAUGAGUCACAGGCAACAUAGUAAUAGGGAUAAAUUAACUUUCUUUUUCUUUAAUAUACUUAUGCCUCGAGUAACUCGUUUUAGAGCUUUCUGCCCGGGCUGGAGUGCUACAGAACAACAGGAAGGGAAGAGGCAUUGCUGAGUUCAUAAUGCUAUUUCAGUGCAGCAGUAGAGGCGCAUGAGGAAAUGACACCCGGGUCUGUGUCUGGAGCCUGCAGUUACUGUGACAACAAUGAAAUUCGAAUGAAAACAAAGAUGGUCUGCUCAAUGGGGAGAGCCAGCAAGCUGUGCCAGCUGAGAGGUGUUCAAGGCUCUCUGAGCUUCCUUGACUGUUCAGGAAGGGACUCGUGCUUGAAGGGCAGCCUGGUAUUUGGAUCAUGGAAGCUUGGUUUUCACACGCUGCCCUUUUGGACAUCCUCUGCUCUGUUGGGCACCACCAAACCAGAUGCUUUACUCACAGCCUGCUCUGCUCUGCUCUUUAAGCUAGUUGGGUUCGUGGUAGUCACUCCUCAGGUGAUGCCCCAACCUUGGUAAGACAUUCUCACCUUCAACUCUCUGCCCAUUCAACAGAUCAUUGCCCAGCUCACCAGGGGUUUCAUCAGUUACUGGGGCACUCAAGCCCCAAGUUUUGCAGAGUGAUCUGAUUCAUAAUAUAAUGACAACAGUAGCUGUGUGUAUCACCAUUUACAUGUGACCAUGUGUGAUAUAUGCGAAUAGUGAUAAUAACAGCCAGUGUACACUUGAGAGCAAUUUGUGCAAGCAUUAUGCCAAGCAUACCAUGUGACUGGUUUCAUGUGCUCCUCAGAGAAGCUCUAUGACUCCACCCUCAAUUUUUUUUAAGUGUUAGAAUUUGAACUCAGGGCCUCAAACAUACUAGAAAAAAUGAUCUACCUUUUUUUAAAUCCCUAAUCUCAUAGAUUAGGGAAUGAAAUUCAUACAUGCUGAGUAACUUGCCCAGUGGUAGAUAUAAAAUUCAAAGUCAGGUGAUUCAUCCACUUUUAUGCCUUAGUUCAGCCACCUUUUUGAAAUGUAGGAAGUUUCUCAAGGAGCAACCCCUGUGCCGUGUUUAGGAGACUAUAGAACUCAACACUGAAGGGCUUUGCUGCCCUUGUAGUUGUAGAAGGUUCACCAAGGGCAGAGGAUAAACAGACUGAAGGGCCUUUUCCAGAGCUCCCACAGCUGAACUAAAAGCUUGAAAGGCUAAUGAAGUCUAAUAACGCAGGAAGAAGUGGAAGACCUGGGCACAGAGUUCAGGAGAAGCAAGUCUUAGUCACUGAUUUUCUCUCCCAGGACAGUUUGGUUUCUGUCAACUGGCAGGAAGUUGUCCCAUCAAAGCCAAGCAGAAAGGAUCAGAGAGUCUGCCAUAGCUUAAGAACAACUACCUGAGUUGGGGAUUUAGCUCAGCGGUAGAGCACUUGCCUAGCGAGUGCAAGGCCCUGGGUUCAGUCGCCAGCUCCGGAAAAAAAAAAAAAAAAAAAAAGAACAACUACCUGAAAGUUGUCAAAUUUUGUGUUAUUUGAGACAAGAUCUCACUAUGUAGCCCAGGCUGGCCUUGAGUUAAUGAUUCUCAGCUUCCCGAGUUCUGGCUAACAUACUUAAUUACCUCUGGCUCUGCAGCCAGUGCAUGGCUAUUGUGAAGCUCUGCCAAGACAUUUUACCAGGUACUUCUUUUCAGCCUUUUAUCUUCAUAAUUCAAGAGUUACAUGAUGCUAAGUUCUAACCAUUCAGAAAUAAUUGGGAAAUUUUUAGUUUCCUCUGUUGACAUUUAACUUCUGGAUUGUCUGAAGUAAAGGAAAACAGUUUGAAAGGAAGGGAGUUUUAAUAUUAUAUUUAUUUUUAUUAUUUUGAUUUAUGUAUAUAUGCAUAUUCACUCCCAUGUGUGGGUAUGUUCAUAAGACUGCAGGUGCCCACGAAAGCCACAGUGGUUGGAAUCCCAGGACUGGAGUUUCAGGCAGUUGUGAGCAGCCCAAUGUGUGUGUACUGAGAACUAAAUUCAGAUCCUCUGUUAAGAGUAGCAAGGGCUCUUAACCACUGAGCCCUCUCCCCACAUUGCUAAUAAAUUUUAAAUGGAGCGUAUAGAAUGCUUUUUCUUAUGCCAGAGUCUGUAAAUACUUUAUUUUCCCAGUGAAUCAAACAGUUCUCCCAAAGAGAAUGUUUCAUACAGAAUGAAGAUGCAUAAUAGAACUAAGUUCUCCCUUCCGAGAGAUGCUCUAAGUUGAAAGCAGUGCCUUGGCCACCAGGUUAGCACAGCCUCGUCCCUCCUCCCAACACCCACUCACUAUUAUGCACUUGGCUAAUGCAUAGGACUUGCACUGUGGCUACAGGAUGAACAUCUUCCUCAAGCAAAGCUGAUGUGUGUGUGUGUGUGCGUGUGCGUGUGUGUGGCAUAGACCUGUUUCAUACAUGGUGAUGGGGAAAAAUUAAGGCAGAGAGUUUCCUUUUUACCAUCAAGGCUUUCUGCUUCAUUUGUAGAUCCCCUUGUAACAAAUUCAGAAUUUCCCCCCUAUUCUUCUUCUGCCUUUAAGUUAAAAGAUCACACUGUCAAAGGGAGGAAAAUCCUUAAGUGUUCUCUCCUUUGGUGACAAAGGACUUGACUGGUUGACUUCCGGAAUCUUCUCCCUACCUCACUCAAUUAUUCUAAAGCUCUCUUGGCAACAAGACUGACUGAUACUUUCCACACUGGUCUUUAAUGAAUGCCUCUUAAGUGGGAGAUAUUAACAAUUUAUCACACUUAAGAGUUAUUGAGAUCUCUGUAAGAUUUGCUAAUUCUCUUGAUACUUCUGUGCCUGUCUGACGGCAAGCAGAAAUGGGGGCUGUGAGUUUUAUGCCUCUAAUGAUUUUGUAGAUUUGCUUCUGGGGCCAUCUCUCCCAGGAUACAGAAGAGCUUGGACACCUGUAGACUCGCUUCAAGUGGAAACCAUCCCACCAUCCAGUGGGGCGGUUCUUAGCACUCUGGUAUUAGCGAUGCUUCUGGCACUAUGAUGAAAUAUCCACAGAAGCAACUUAGGAGAGGAGAGAUUUUCUCUGGUUCAUAGUUUCUGAAGGGACAGUCUGUCAUGGCCAGGAAGGCAUGGUAGCCAGAGGCUUGGUCUGUGGCCUUCAGAGCUUUUAACAUGGUAGAUUAGGUAUCUGUGCCCUCAGUCUGGAAACCAAAAGUAGAUACCACCUACAGGGUCCAGUUGCAGCAACCCACUUCUGCCAGUGAGGCCACAACCUCAAAGGUUCCAGUCUCCCAAGACAGCACUACCAUCUGGAGACCAAGUGUUCAAACACAGGAGUCCAUGUAGGACAUUUUACAUGUUACAUUCUGUUUGUUAUGCAAUGGUAAUGAAAUUCUAUGAAUCCAGUUCUCGUGCGAGUACUUGAAACAUGUAAGUGCCCAUAGCUCCAGAGAUUCUGAUCCAAGUUGGCCUAUGUGGGGACUUUCAUGUGACUAUAACUUGUAUUCGUAGAUUAAGUUCCCAAGUCCUCUGAAGGUAGCAUUGGGUUGGGAACAGCCCCUGCCCAGUGCUUGGUAGUGGGCUCUUCCCACACCUCCUAGUGGCUGCAUUUCUGUCUGAGGUCAGUGGAUCCCAGGAUCAUAUGUGGAUUUAUCUCUUAGAGUCUCAACUCGUGAUCAGUGACCGCUUCCUGAUUUGUCUUUUUGUGAUUGCACUUCGGUUCUAUAGAAGUGGCACAGAUGUAAACUAGGUCCAGAACAAGGACCUGAAUGUGAGGCCUCACGUCCUCAUGUAUUCAUCUCUAUCACACAGGUCUCAUAAACGUUAUAGCGGCUUAGCAAUUAUUGACAUUUUCUGUGAAAUGGGUGUAUGAGAUAGGUACUCAUAUAUGAUGACUUGACAGAUUGGGAGGCUGAGGGAACUGAGGCUGCCUCCCUCCCCACAGCAAGCAGGUGGCCCGUCUGAAAUGAGUCCAGGCGCUCCCAGUCCGUGCUCAUCCACUCUUAAUCACUCUGCUAUUUUGGAGCUGCUCUGAGGGUAUAAGGUGUUGAACAGCAGCUGCUCCUUGUUUCGGCAUGAGUCUGGUGGCAGCUGGCUUUGGUGCCAUGAGCGCUCACUCCUGGGUUUUUGCUUGACUAGGGACUAGGAUUGUGCCUUGCCUUCUCUUUUCCCAAUGAGUAAUCUGGUUGGAGGAACCCUACUGCCCUCAAGACUUCGUCCAGUGACUUUGCUCCCUAAGUCCAGCCUUUUCUUCCCUUGUGGUCUGUAUAAUACCUUAUGCCUUUCUGCUGGGAACGGGUUCUUUUACUGUUCCGGUCAUUCUAACCACAAAUUCUACUCCUGUUUUAGAUCCCUUGACAUUUCUUUGCUCUGUAAGUCCGGUUUGUCCCUUUCAUUCUUCCUGUAAGUCCUUGGUCUAUGCGUUCACACCACACCCCAGCUUCUCAAACAGGAUCCACAGCACCAGGAAGGGAUUAAUCAGUUAUACUCCACAGCAGCAAUGGAGCAUGGGAAGCACACUGUUCCCUCGUGUGAGGCUGGUCAGUGGGUCAGUGCAGUCGGAAGAACUUUUAAAAAAUCUACAUUUUUAGGCAGUACCUAUAAAAUUCUGUAUGUGGUACAUUCUACAACUUUCAAGUUCCACAGAACAGGCCCUUGAAUACCUGUAAGGAAAUUUAUCACUAGCCUAUUAAGUGAACCUUUCUUAAGAUAAAAAUCAACGACACACAUUGUGCUAUAGAUUUCUCUAAACAAUAGAAACAAAAUAGGAAGCGAGAGACUAUUGUGAUCACUUUGUAAUAAAUAAAUGCAAACUGAAACAGUGCAAUAAGAUAGUUCCAAUUAUGACUUAAGACUGCCUUUAGAAUCAUCUACAAGUAGUGCUGAACAGUGUUUGUUAAGUCAUUAAAUACCAGGAACUCGAGAAAGCAAAUAUUCUCAACCAGUUUUUAUUAUUAACAGGCUCCACAUCUUUGCCACCCCACAACAGGAGAGAGAGAGAGAGAGAGAGAGAGAGAGAGAGAGAGAGAGAGAGAGAGAGAGAGAGAGAGAGAGAGAGAAAACGAACUAUGGGUGUUUUUCCUGCUUCCCACCUCUAGACAUCAUAGCAAUGUUUUUUCUAAACAGUAACCUAAAAUCCGCCAGCACUGCCUGAGCAGCGGAUGUUACCAGGUGAGAGGGGGCGAGCCAUCACUCUGACUCCCAAGGCACAGAUGCACUUCCGGUAGCAAGCUAGAAUGUUGUUUGUCGUACCUGCAUACCACAGUCCAAAACUCAACCAUCUAUAGGCUUCACAACAACUGUUUGCUCCUCAUUCUUUUCCCACAAGCUCAUGAGAAAAAAAAAAAAAAAAAAAAAAAAAAGGAGAAUCCCACAACCAGGCUUCUCCUGCAGUCAUUAGCUGGAAACGCUCUCAUCCUCAGAAAUCUAUUUUGGAGUUAGGAUUGCUCCACUCCCCUACAAGUGGUGAAGCAACAGCUGCCAUUUAAUGAAUGUCCUUGCUGACAGUUCCAGAUGAAUACCGCGGAGUUUCCCCACCCGUGUGGAUGCUCCCCGUGUCGCUCCCGGAGGACAUGUUGAGUGGACUUGUUUGAUUUCAUCUUCUUUGCCACAGCUUUUUUUUCCCCCUUGCAUCACUUCCUCCAGAUUUUAGCGAUGCCGGAAUGUGCAUCAGGAUUCCCGGCUCCCGGGGAAUAAAGUCCCAGUGCGCGCAUGUGUUCCUGGUGAUGUACUGGGAUGGACUCUUUCCAAGACGAGCACGUGGACCUCUGAGCUCAAUGAGAAGAAAGGACAAGGGCUGGGAGCAGCCAGAUGAAAGUGGCUUGUGGUUUCUCAAGAACUGAAGAAUUGUGUCCAUUCGAGAAACAAAUUAGACAAAAGACAGAGCUCUUGUUUCCCACAUAGUGCUAAUGAAAGACGGUGAUCCUACAGUUGGAUGCCUGGCUGGAAUAUAUUAUCGUUCCAAUUUCUGUUUCUAGACACUCUCCACAGUGCUGGCUCGAUUACUGUGAGAUUUAAAAGGAUUUGGGCUAUGUGGAAGCAAGUGACCCUAGAGGGAGGUCUCUGCAUCCACUCAUGUUGAAGAACAAGUCCUGGGGCCCAGUCAGUCUCCUGUAGCCAGAGAGGGGGCUAGGCUGAUGCUGAGCUGGGAGCAUGACAGAACACAGGAUCCAAGCGUCAAAGCACCAGACAGCAAACAGGUUGAGAUGCUAUGUCAAUAUUGCACGGUCUGUACUCGCUCACAGGGACAGAGCUGACAGCAACACAGCCUCACUGUCAUGUGACCAGACCACUUACACUUGGGGGUGUCAGGGAUGCAUGCGGUAAAUUGAUUCUUGCUGUGGUCAAUUGGGAAUGCUGAGGUCGAGAGGGAAAUAGGGCUGGAUAAAUAGGGCCUAAGGGAACACAGCAGAAAUUAACGUGACUGAAAGUUGCCGCUACCAGGGAUGCUGGGACAGGUCCGCCGUAGCUCGAUACAUGUGGAGUUGGGAAGUUGCACUUUUUCCUCUAUGUGAUAAUUUUAAUGUCUUAAAAAUAUCAUGAAGAGAGUCUAUUGCACACACACACACACACACACACACACACACACACACACACAUACACACACACACACAUUUCAUCACACUUUAGACUGUAGUGGGUUUAAUGAGCCCAGAAAAUAUGCAUUUGUGGCCUGGAAAAUUCCUAAUCCAUACCAUUCCCACUUCAGAACAGUGAGCACUCUCACCAUGUUUGAGAAGGGGAGCAGAAGGCAUCCUACAAAAGUGUUUGCUUUGGGCCUUUUAUAAGUUUGUGCACUUUAACAAAAAUGCUUACAUGUAUUGAAUCCUCCAAGUACCCAGCUGCUGCUGAGCCAAUAAACCCCACAAGCAGCCAGAAGUGUUUCGAAGCACAAGUUGAAAGUGUUGCCUCACCACAUAUUAAAAUACAAGUUGAAGGGCUGGAGAGACGGCUCAGCGAGGAAGCUUGCUGCUCGUGCAGAGGACCCUGGCUCCGUUUCCAGCACCCUUUUCUUUGUGUGGCUGACGACUGCCUGUAGCUCCAGCUUUAGGAUAUCUGAGCUCUCUCCUGGCCUCUGUGUGCACCCGUGCACACACAGAUAUACAUGUAAUAUAAUGAGCCUUAAUAUACAUGUAGUAUUAUACAUGUAAUAAUAAAAUGAACCUUAAAUUGGAACCACACAAGUUAGACACACUUUCAUAGUGGUAUCGAAAUCAGCUUACAUCAGAUAAGGAGAUCAAGGGGGAAAAGAAUAGAAAGUAAAAAUCAACCCCAAAUAAUCCAAACCUGGCCAUGUAUGGUUUUAGUAUUGGAGGGCAGAGACAUAUCAAACCCGAAGUGGUAUUGUCAUUUAACCAACAGCGUUGAAAUGACUCUGGAGAAGAGAAAUUAAGUUUCUACAUCAUACUCAAAAUACAUAUUAGAUAGACCAGAAAUUUAAGUUUUAAAAAAAAUUUAAGUUCCUCAAACGUGUACAUAGACGCAGACAGAUGACCGUGGAAGACCUUCCUAAUCCAGAACAAACAAACACUCCAGGAAGGUGGGCCAGUGACCAUGGCCCAGUGGGCAAAGGGCCUUGGUGCCAGUCCUGACGAACUGAGUUGGAUCCAGUCAUGGUGGAAGGAAAGAACCAAGUCCUCCGUGUUGACCUCUAACCUCCAAUACACUCUGUGGCACAUGUGCACAUGCCAACAUGCCCCCACAUAAUUAUUUGUAAAGCAAAAGGUUUUUUAAAAAAACCCUGUGAAACAAAACAGUCAAAUGAGUUUGACUCUGUAAAAAAUGGGGAAAACUCUUGAUCAGGAAAAUAAAAACAAACACCCAAAAUACCAACAGAGCAGGACAUGGGCACAGAUACCCAUAAGCCCGACGCUUUGGGAGAGAAGCCAGAGGAUCAGGACUUCAAGGCCAGUCUCAGCUACUUACUGAAUUCAAGGCCGGUUUAGUGUUAUUGCAGCCCUGUCUCAUUGAAAACAAACGAAACAAAAAUACAAACAACCUUUAUGAACAAAGUUUAAACUUUAAAUAGCAAUUUGUGAUUUAGUGACGAAGACCAAUGUCUUUAAAACAAGGAGCUCCUUUAAGUAAAGCAAACGCCAUUAUAGAGAAAUGGAUAAAUGACAAUUCCAAUAAGCCCUUGGAAGACCGUUUAACCUUCCUGGGAAUAAAAACUUCAAAUUAAAAGAAUUUGUUAUGAUCUCAGCCAGCACAUUAACAAGGGACCGAAAAAAUUCUGACAUUAGUGGAAGUAGGAAACAGACGCUAUAUAUUGAUGGUGGGAAAUUCAACUGGGACAGGCUUCCUGAAAAAUACGGUUCGACAAUAGGUGACAAUAUGCUUGCAGUCAGAAGGAAAAUAAGUGCAUUUCCAUUCUGAAAAAUAAGAGAGUGCACACACACACACACACACACACACACACACACACACACGAAAUGCUUCUGAGAGCACAUUGUUUUCUUUUUCCUCCUAUUGUUCUCAAAUCUGGCAGAUGUAAAGCCUUUUAUUUUCAAAAAAGCCAGCAUACUUCUCACUCAGUUGUUUUGGUGACUUUACCAGGUUGAUUUACUGGGCUGGAGUUUUGAAGCAGGCUCAGCAGGCUGAAGCGGCAAGUGCAUCAUGGUAGCCUCUUGUUUCCUGAGUGACGCUAUGGUCCAAGCCUAAGCUGACAGCCCACAUUACAGAGUGUCAUAUGGGGUGGAUGUGCUCCAAAGUGGAGUCCCUCCCACAGGGAGGUGCGUGAUCCCCAGAUGCUUGACAGUUAGCGGGCUGGUGCAGAGCAGAGAUGGAGGCAGCAUCUCCCUUGAGUCCCAUGCGCUCACAUCCUGCUUCCCUCUGGGGCAGUCCUGCUUUGGGAAGAGCCUUGCCUGCAGCUGGACCUCGUGAGGGCAAGCCUGCUGUUUGCUGUCUGAUCCUGCGGCUGAGAUGAGUAGCGGUGGGAAUGAGAUCACGAAAUCAAGGUGGAGAAAGUUCAUCUAACGGGCAUGUCUCCUGCCCCAAGUCCUCCAUCAUCAGCAGUGAUGGUGGUAAGGGCCCCUCAGAAGAUGCAAAAAAGAACAAGGCCAAUCGGAAGGAGGAGGAUGUCAUGGCUUCCGGAACUAUCAAAAGGCACCUCAAACCAUCUGGAGAAAGUGAGAAAAAGACUAAGAAGUCUGUGGAGUUAUCCAAGGAGGACCUCAUCCAGCUCCUGAGUAUCAUGGAAGGGGAGUUGCAGGCUCGAGAAGAUGUCAUCCACAUGCUGAGGACAGAGAAAACCAAGCCCGAGGUUCUGGAGGCACACUAUGGAUCUGCAGAACCUGAGAAAGUGCUUCGGGUCCUGCACCGAGAUGCCAUCCUUGCUCAAGAGAAGUCCAUAGGAGAAGACGUCUAUGAGAAACCUAUCUCAGAGCUGGACAGACUGGAGGAAAAGCAGAAGGAGACGUACCGCCGCAUGCUAGAGCAGCUGCUGCUGGCUGAGAAGUGUCACAGGCGCACCGUGUACGAGCUGGAGAACGAGAAGCACAAGCACACUGACUACAUGAACAAGAGCGACGACUUCACCAACCUGCUGGAGCAGGAGCGAGAGAGGUUGAAAAAGCUCCUUGAACAAGAAAAAGCUUACCAAGCCCGCAAAGAAAAGGAAAACGCUAAGCGGCUCAACAAACUUCGAGAUGAGCUUGUGAAGCUCAAGUCCUUCGCCCUCAUGUUGGUGGACGAGAGGCAGAUGCACAUCGAGCAACUGGGCCUGCAGAGUCAGAAAGUCCAGGACCUCACUCAGAAGCUGAGGGAGGAGGAAGAAAAACUCAAAGCGGUCACUUACAAAUCCAAGGAAGACCGCCAGAAGCUGCUCAAGUUAGAAGUGGACUUCGAACACAAGGCCUCGAGGUUUUCCCAGGAGCACGAAGAGAUGAACGCCAAAUUGGCGAAUCAAGAAUCUCACAACCGGCAACUUCGACUCAAACUGGUUGGCUUAUCGCAAAGGAUUGAGGAGCUGGAAGAGACCAAUAAAAGCCUUCAGAAGGCAGAGGAAGAGCUCCAGGAGCUGAGAGAGAAAAUUGCCAAAGGGGAAUGUGGAAACUCCAGUCUCAUGGCGGAAGUGGAGAGUCUGCGCAAGCGCGUGCUUGAGAUGGAGGGCAAGGAUGAAGAGAUCACGAAGACUGAGGCCCAGUGCCGGGAGCUGAAGAAGAAGCUCCAAGAGGAAGAACACCACAGCAAGGAACUUAGACUAGAAGUGGAGAAGCUGCAGAAGAGGAUGUCUGAGCUGGAGAAGCUGGAGGAAGCGUUCAGCCGGAGUAAGUCGGAAUGCACCCAGCUCCAUCUGAACCUGGAGAAGGAGAAGAACCUAACCAAAGACCUGCUGAACGAGCUGGAGGUGGUCAAGAGUCGAGUUAAAGAACUCGAAUGCUCCGAGAGUAGACUGGAGAAGGCCGAGUUAAGCCUCAAAGAUGACCUUACAAAGCUGAAGUCCUUCACUGUGAUGCUGGUGGAUGAGAGGAAAAAUAUGAUGGAGAAAAUAAAGCAAGAAGAGAGGAAAGUGGAUGGGUUGAAUAAAAACUUUAAGGUGGAGCAGGGAAAAGUCAUGGAUGUGACGGAAAAGCUAAUCGAGGAAAGCAAGAAGCUUUUAAAACUCAAAUCUGAAAUGGAGGAAAAGGUGUACAGUCUGACAAAGGAGAGGGAUGAGCUGAUGGGUAAACUGAGGAGCGAAGAAGAAAGGUCCUGUGAACUGAGCUGCAGUGUAGACUUACUAAAGAAGCGGCUUGAUGGCAUAGAGGAGGUAGAAAGGGAAAUAAACCGAGGUAGGUCGUGCAAGGGGUCUGAGUUCACCUGCCCGGAAGACAAUAAGAUCAGAGAACUAACGCUUGAAAUCGAGAGACUGAAGAAACGGCUCCAGCAGUUGGAGGUGGUGGAGGGGGACUUGAUGAAGACCGAGGACGAAUAUGACCAGUUGGAGCAGAAGUUCAGAACCGAGCAGGAUAAGGCAAACUUCCUCUCCCAGCAGCUCGAGGAAAUCAAACACCAAAUGGCCAAGCACAAAGCCAUAGAGAAAGGGGAGGCCGUGAGCCAGGAAGCCGAACUGCGACACAGGUUUCGGCUGGAGGAGGCUAAAAGUCGUGAUUUACAGGCCGAGGUGCAGGCUCUCAAGGAGAAGAUCCACGAGCUGAUGAACAAGGAAGACCAGCUGUCUCAGCUCCAAGUCGACUAUUCGGUCCUUCAGCAAAGAUUUAUGGAAGAAGAAACUAAGAACAAGAACAUGGGGAGGGAGGUCCUCAAUCUGACCAAGGAGCUAGAGCUUUCCAAGCGCUACAGCCGAGCUCUCAGGCCGAGUGGGAACGGCCGAAGGAUGGUGGACGUGCCUGUGGCCUCCACUGGGGUGCAGACCGAGGCGGUGUGCGGGGAUGCUGCGGAGGAGGAGACCCCGGCUGUGUUCAUUCGCAAAUCCUUCCAGGAGGAAAAUCACAUCAUGAGUAAUCUUCGACAGGUAGGCCUGAAGAAACCCAUGGAACGGUCCUCGGUCCUCGACAGGUAUCCCCCAGCAGCGAAUGAGCUCACCAUGAGGAAGUCUUGGAUUCCUUGGAUGAGAAAAAGAGAAAACGGUCCUUCCACUCCGCAGGAGAAAGGGCCCAGGCCAAACCAGGGUGCAGGGCACCCCGGGGAGCUGGUCCUAGCACCAAAGCAGGGCCAGCCCCUACACAUCCGUGUGACACCAGAUCAUGAGAACAGCACUGCCACCCUGGAGAUCACAAGCCCCACAUCUGAAGAGUUUUUCUCUAGUACCACCGUCAUUCCUACCUUAGGCAACCAGAAACCAAGAAUAACCAUUAUUCCAUCACCCAAUGUCAUGUCGCAAAAGCCCAAAAGUGCAGAUCCUACUCUCGGCCCAGAACGAGCCAUGUCCCCUGUCACGAUUACUACUAUUUCCAGAGAGAAGAGCCCGGAAGGUGGAAGGAGCGCCUUUGCCGACAGGCCUGCAUCCCCCAUCCAAAUCAUGACGGUGUCAACAUCUGCAGCUCCCACUGAAAUCGCUGUCUCUCCUGAAUCUCAGGAAGUGCCUAUGGGAAGGACUAUCCUCAAAGUCACCCCGGAAAAACAAACUGUUCCAGCCCCCGUGCGGAAGUACAACUCCAAUGCUAAUAUCAUCACCACGGAAGACAAUAAAAUUCACAUUCACCUGGGUUCUCAGUUUAAGCGAUCUCCUGGGCCUGCCGCUGAAGGCGUGAGCCCAGUUAUCACCGUCCGGCCUGUCAACGUGACAGCGGAGAAGGAGGUUUCUACAGGCACAGUCCUUCGCUCUCCCAGGAACCACCUCUCUUCAAGACCCGGUGCUAGCAAAGUGACCAGCACUAUAACUAUAACCCCGGUCACAACGUCAUCCACACGAGGAACCCAAUCAGUGUCAGGACAAGAUGGGUCAUCUCAGCGGCCUACCCCCACCCGCAUUCCUAUGUCAAAAGGUAUGAAAGCUGGAAAGCCAGUAGUGGCAGCCUCAGGAGCAGGAAAUCUGACCAAAUUCCAGCCUCGAGCUGAGACUCAGUCUAUGAAAAUAGAGCUGAAGAAAUCUGCAGCCAGCAGCACUGCCUCUCUUGGAGGGGGGAAGGGCUGAGGGCAGUGGCUAAGGGGGUAUGUUGUAAGGAUGCUACUGCUGCAGUGGAAACAAACCUUCCUCUGUGCCAACCCUUUCCUUGUACUACUAAUUUAAGUUUUAAAUAUCUUGUUUAUAAAAUAACCAUUUAAUAGCCAUGCACCCCCCUCCCAUUUUGUGCAUCUGUUUCAAUGCAGGGGAAUAGAAUUAAUUAGCAGAAUUUCUGUUUGCUGAAUGUUCUGUUGAAGAUGUUGGUCCAGUUCAGUUUUACUUCUAGCAUGUGGCCCCAUUCAAGGUAGCUCACGAGUUGUGAAGCCCUCAAUAUCGUCACCGGAGAGAUUUGAGGACCACAUUACAUAUGCUCCCAAAGGCUGGCUCCCAAUUUUCCUAAUUGUAAGCCAACUUUAAUAGACUCAGUUCUGUGAUUUUUUUUUCCAAAAAAAAAUAUUUUGAAAUAGGACAGAGUUUAACAGUUGUCAUUUUGCACUAUCAAGCCAUGAGUUUGAUAUAUGGGUUAUAAGAAAAGAAUACUUUCAGAGCUAUCACAGGGUCUCUAAACUUUUGGAAAAACAAAAGCCCCUAAUAUGACCUCAGGAAACAAUUUGAACAUGAAAUAAAAUGGAAAUGAACUGUGGAAUCUUAAAAA